UCAAACCAUUCACGCUCCGUGCAAGAUUAGUCGGAGCAAAGCAGGGUUGUUGAAAUUGAAUUCAAUUUAAUAUCAAAGUGAAAAAAAGUCGACUAAAGCUUAAAACAAAAAACAAAACGCUGUUCGUGAAGUUAUAAAGAGCGUCGUUUCUUCAAAGCGUCAUGGUGGAUCAGAAAUUGGGCGUUUUGUGCCUGAUAUUUAUGAUUGUCCCGCACGAUAUCUGGAAGAGUCGCCUGUUUGCUGAAGGGGAAAGCUUCCAAACAGCAGAUGAUAAUAUUGACCGUCUCGUGGCAUUAAACAGAAUGGCUGGGCAAAAUACCCAAAAAAGGAGUCAAGCCUGCCUUCUGGGAUGUGCAAAUGGUGGAACUUGUGUGAAUGGAAAGUGUGUCUGUGCAGCGGGCUACAAAGGAUCUAUUUGCAAUGAAAGGGAUUGUAUUCCUAAAUGUGAGAAUGGAGGAACAUGCAGAAGUGGUGUUUGCGACUGUAUACCUGGAUACACUGGAAAUUCCUGCGAGAAACCGGUUUGCGCGCCUUCUUGCUUGAAUGGUGGUCAGUGUGUCGCCCCCGACAAAUGCCAAUGUCCCUCCGGCUGGAAUGGAAAUCGUUGCGAAAAAGCCUUCUGCGAGAAGCCGUGUCUUAACUUCGGGAAAUGUAUUCAACCGAACGUGUGUGACUGUACAACGAAUUAUAUGAACAAUCCAAAUCUCAUUCUGAAGUAUCAGGGAGACCGUUGUCAAACACCAAUCUGCCCUGAUGGGUGUGUUGGUGGUCUUUGUCUUGUGAACUCCACCAAGAGCUCUGACAUGACCUGCGAAUGUUACCCCGGGUACGCUGGUGCUGACUGCUCAGUAGAAAAUGACUGCGAGAAAACCUUGGAUCUGGGCGUGUCAAAGCAUUAUUUGAAUGAAAUGUUGGCAUUAAGGCACUACACAGCAAAAAACCUUUCAGACCUGCUCGGCUGGUCUAUGACUCCGAGGGAAAAGGACGCCUGUUUGCCUAUCUGGAGUCCUUGA